AACCAGAUCCUCUUCCCCUUCACAAUGAGUAUGAACACAACAGACCGGUACCCGGCCACGGCAUCGCAGUUCAUGCUGCGUGAGAUCAAACGCCAACAGGAGCUGGUGAAUCGCGGCUACCAGCUGCUGAAGAGGAAGGCUGAAGCUCUACGGCUUAAAGGUCGACAGACGGCGUCCGACUUAUCAGUGACCCAAGCGGUUCUGGGCCAUACUCUUAAAGAGGCCUACAUAUCGUUGGCAGCGGUGAAGUUCACCAAUGGGGAGUCUAAUGCAUUGGUGCUUGAGAAUAUUGAGGAGGCACAAAUCCGUGUCCAACGCAUACCAGAAAACAUAUCCGGCGUCUCAACCGUGACCCUCCACGCUAUCGAAGAGCUGGGGGCCAGCGACGCCCUCCGCUACGCAGGCCUCGGGGCCGGCGGGCACCGCACCGGCGAGGCCAAGAGGGCCUUUCGCGAGGCCGUCCAUAUUCUGAUCAAAUUCGCGUCGCUGCGCAAUACGUGUAUUCUGUUGGAUAAUGCGAUUAGGUCAACGCUGAGAAAAGUGAACGGCAUAGAGAAGGUAAUUAUGCCUAAGCUAUCGAACACAAUGAAAUACAUUCAAGUGGAACUAGCGGAGCGGGAAAGAGAGGAGAUGCACAGACUGAAGAUGGUGAAGGCAAAGAAGAUUCGAGCCAAAGCUCUGGCGACAAUGCGUCUCGAAAACUCUCAAGAAUGUGACAGCUCUGCAGGCGGUGAAAGCGGCGAAAUUGGUAGGCGGAUUUAUUAUGUCCAAUCUGCAGCUCGUAUCCGUUCUGUGGAGUGUCUCACUAGUAUCAUCUGCGCCUGCAAGUCGCUGCCCUCCACGGAUUCCGUCGAAGACUUCUCUAAGCCCGUCUGCCAGCCCGCGGAAUGGGAUGACGAGGAUCUCCUGUUUUAACCUUUGCACGCCAUACGUCUAACCCUUUAACCAUUUGACAUUCCAUUUCGAAUUCGAUUAGAACAGUUCGAAACAGUAAUUAGUAAUGGUCGUGCAAGCAAAAGGACGUCAAGUUGUGCCAACCCUAAUAAUUGUUCGGAGUGUCGGAGCAAUGCUGAGCCGAACGGAGCCGAGUUUGCCCGAAGCGAGGAGUUUCGCACCCCUGGUUCCAGUGAAAUCCGCAACAUGGCGCGUGAUCAUAUAUUCCUGGUCAGGCUUUACAUCUAUAUGAGUGUUCCUUACUGUAGGACGACGAAUA